AUGGAGCCUCCGCCAGAUGGCACACACUGCCACAUACUGCGCUUGCCGUACGAGAUGCUCAAGCACAUUUUGGCUGAAUUAGUCCAGUGCGAUCAGCUCAGCAUAGCGAAGACGUGCAUACACCUCUUGGAAAUUGCAUACCCGGUGGCUUAUCAUCACAUCUUUAUUAAAACUGAUCCGGUCACGGCAAUGACCACUUGGAAAAACCUUGCUUCUGGCAACGGUCUACGACAUGUUCGGCAUCUCCAAGUUCAUGAUUCAGGACAGUCAACUGCAAAUGCUAGGAAGCGGCAUCAUGUCGGAGAUGUGGUUACUGGUAUUCUUCUUGCAGCUCUGCGCCGGCAUCAGUUGCUGUCCUUUAGUCUAACACACCCUGUCGUUGCCUCAUCCAUGGUGUCCACAAGAAACCUGGUCAUACUGAUGGAAACUCAGCAACACCUUGCACAACUGCCUAUCAGUAGUAGCGUCGAUGACAUGAGCAGUGUUAUUGUUGAGAAAUCACCCAGCCUGGAGAGUAUCCAUCUUUGGUUCUCAGCCCAAGGUAACGAGCUUUCGCCCCAUGUCUUCACAGUACCUAGAGGUGAGCCAUCUUCUCGGGGCAUCUUAUUCUCCAUGGCUACCAGGCUUACUAUUCUUGGCUACGAUUUCAAACAUCUCCCCAAGCUGGUGGGUCUGCCCUUGUUUCCUGCGCUCCGCGCUCUUGCAAUGAUUGACUGCAAGAACGACGUUUAUCUCCACGUUCGCACCAAACCAGGAAGGCUUCCGAAGCUACGAGCAUUAAUGAUCACAAGCGCCAAUUACAUACCCGGAGAUGACAUUAUUCGCUUAAUUGGAGGAACAAGCUGCUUGCGAGAACUCAUUGUGUACGGGCCAAACUUGUACUUUGUGGAUUGCUCGAGCCUCCGCUCACACGCGCAGAGUCUUGAACUCCUCUUCUUCGGUAUACGGGGCACCUCGCUUUCCAGUCUGGAAGCACUGACAGCUCUGCGUCACUUGGGUGUUUCCAUGAAUGACCUCUAUUAUUGGAAGUCAACCAGGUUUUGUAUUGAGAGCAAGAAACGGCUCACUAAAGUCUUUGCAAACUUUGCGAGUCACAAGAAGCUACUGUCACUGACUUUGCGGUGUACCAUCGACUUCCUUCCUAACGAAGAGGAGACAAGCCUACCGCUAGGUAUUGGGCAUUUCGAGGCGUUGAUAAGAGAUACACUUCUUUCGUACAUCACGGAAAUGGGCUCCACGAUCGACGAUAGUAUCCUUGAGUAUCUAGGUGUUGUCGUCAACGUCACAGCCUAUACUCUUGAUCUACCUGCCAAAGCUCCCGAAGGCCCCAACCAAGCCCUAGAGCGCCUGAAAAAAGUGCUAUGUCUCCGACCAAAACAGGUGCUUCGACUAGCAGACUUGGCCAUGGAGGAGAUGAUGGCGCGAUAUGCCAAGGACGAUUACUACUUUCUUGAGGCCUAUAUCGACACUAUGACCAAAGCAAGUCGCGUCGGGAUCUCUAGUGGCUCAAAAUUUGUUGCCUAUAAUUAA